AUGUGUUGGGUGUCGUAUGUUGGUCCGCUUAAAGGUGGUUGUGGUGCCUCUUCUGCGCAGAAUUGGUACCCCUUUCGCUUCUUCCCAGGGCCAUUCGAACCAGAGUGCGAAGCAGGCCACAGUGGCGCUAGUCAGACUGCCGUCCGUUGGGAGAGCGACCAGGCAUUGCAUGAAAGGGUACACCCGCUUGUGCACACUGGAGUUUCUCUUCAUACAUCCUUAAUGUGGAAACGCGGGGCUGAGAAGCAGGGUGGUGGACCUUUCCGAUAUGCGGCAUGGCUGCGUUAUCUUCCUGAGCUGCGCUUGGCCCCAGCGACUGUAGAGUGGGCAAAAGGCAUGCUCAGUACCCGUCUACAAGGAUGCCAUGAUUUUCUGGUUCAGCAUCUUAGAGGUAGCGAAUCUGCUGCAGCAGGGGCAAGUGCAGAUUUGCCUGUGGACAACGAUAUCGCUGGAGAAACGCCGAACAGCCUGUCCUCCGAUAAAGCACAGCAGGAGCUUUUAAUGAAUAAAGAGGCUGAUUCCCAGCGUGUAGGUGAUCCCUCUAUCGUUCCACCUCCAGCUGCAGACGCCCCAAAAAUCCCAGACACUUGGGCAGUGCAACGCGGUCCCCCACGAGAGUCGUCAGUCGAUACCGUUUCGUCGACGUCUCCUCUGCAUAAGUGUGCGCCAACGCCUUUGCCUGGGACGCAUACAACCAGUUCCUGCUUGGAUGCCAGUUUCACAGCGAAGGGUUUAGUUGAAAUCACUACAUGGUCGUCAGUAUCAACCCUGGUGGGAAGCGGGGGAUUGAAGGGUGUCAGCACAGCAGCUGAGCUGUCCGCUCUAUGCAGUUCAGGUCCCUACACGCCAGCUGAACGUUUUCAACUGCCAUUGCCACAUGCCGCCCUUGCACGGCCUUCAGCGAAGGCGGAUUCCGAAGGGCAAUGCGAAUACAGGUCUAGCACGAUCGGCGCUCCAGAGGAGUUUCACGCGCGGCAACUGCACUCAAUUCCUCCCAGCAAUAUGGCUUCGGGUGUCUCAAGGUCCGGUGCAUGCAGCACCUCGACACCUGAAGCCCAAAGGCAAGUUGUAUGUUAUGAGUACGUCACGAGUUUGGCUUCACGAUUAGACCUUCUGGGAGGAUCUGGUAGGAGCGCCACUUCAAAGAAGACGCGUGGGGCACCACUGACAGAAAUGCAGCCUAAACAAUGCAGCGCGUUAUCUACCGCUGCUUGCAAUGAUAUGCGAGACGCACAGGAAAUCGAACGAACAAAUGGCAGUCUUUCCCGAACGGUGUCGACAAAUCUGCACAAAAAUAAGCAGGAGUCUCAUGGGUGGAGUCUCGAGUCUGACUCGAGGAUUGAUAUUGAACGCUCAGCACCCCUUUCGUCAGCCGCCAGACGAAAUCGACGUUGUCUACGGCGCCUUGAAGGACCGAUCCAGCAGCAAAAGUCCAGCUGUGAACUUUUGUCGAUGUCUUUCCGCAGCCAUAGCAACACAUUUCUUGGUGGCGUAGGAAUCGGUGAAGGUGUGGGAAUACGACGGUGCCCAGCCCUGAGGAGACGCCUAACAGAUUCCUCAGGUUGUAUUCGUGGUUCGCCGAUAGCAAGCCGGUCUGCAGCGCGUACUUCAGCAAACAUGAAGGCGGUGUCAGGAUCAUCGGGGUGCAGGACACUCUGCAUCUCGUCGGCGGUGGAGGAACAACGACUGUUCAAAGGGGCCCAACGAAAAGCAACGUUGCCGGCAGUGCAAACCGGGCAUGUGUUUGGUAGGAGCCAGCGGAUGCGACUGAAAGAACCGAAGCAGACGGCGCCGGUGCUGUCACCUGAGCCUCGUUUUAACGUGCUUCACACGCAACCUCUGGAGGUUUCAAGCUUCUUGGCGGAACGACCCAUCGCCGUGUCACCCUCCUCUAAGGCACAAGACCAUCCCUGCGCGUCCCAAGGCAACGCCAUUGCCAUUCAUUCGCCCCAAUCGGAAGUUUUGAGGGCUGAUUCUGCGCAUUCGAAGCACAAUGUCCUUCCGUUGGGAAAGGCAAGCGCUGACAGAAGCUUCAUGAUGGCCUACGAUAUGAAGGCUGAAUGCUGCGAAUUUCCUCAAAGCGCGAAGGCACAGAAUUUGGGCAAAGAAGGGGGAGCUUCUGUUCCAGCAGGUCUGGGCCUUGACUUGCUGUUGCAUCCGUGUUGGAUAACACGGAAGUCAAUCCGGCUGUCUAAUCGAGUGGGGCUAAAAGGGGAAACCACAGCAUCAACAAUUGGCAGGAGCUUGGCUAUACACGGAGCUUCGUUUUGGCAGCUGCGUACGUUCAUUCCAAAGAUUUUUCUGUGCGAAGCCUAUUUCGUGGCUGAAUUUGUCAUGUUUCGGCUCAUCAAGGCCAAAACACCAGACUUGGCAUGUGCAUGGCAUGUGCGUGACACAGUUUUGGCUCUUAACGGGUGUCCUUUCCAGAAGUGCAACAAUUUGAUUGUGGAACAUACUGGUCGGUAA